AUUCUUCGAUCCAUUCCCAUUUUCCUUUUGUCUUGCUUUCUUGAAUUGAUUCUUAGCAAGCUCAGCCAUGGAUGGAGAAGAGGAAAAAGAGGAGAAGAUUGUCGUCGUUGCAGAUGAUCGGCCCUGGAACGGGAUGGAUCUUCUCCCAUUGGACAUUCUGAUUGCCAUCCUAUCAAGACUUCCUGUCACCUCCCUUAUCCAGUUCAAGCGCACUUCGCAUGCCGGCCGUGAUUUAAUCGCCCAUCCACUCCUCAUUCAGGCAUUCCACAAUUGGGUUAGCGAUUCCAACCCAUGCCUGAAUUUUUUCGGAGACUAUUCCCAACUCUAUUUUUUAGGUUGUGAUUAUCCAAAAAUUUACAGUAGAACAGCAUUAAGAUUUGAACGAACGUUCUAUUCAAGUCUUUCUGAUAUGGUGGGUUGUUGUAAUGGGUUAUUAUGUGUUUCUUGUCAUCUAAACUCUGGUGAAUCGGCGAUUCGGAGUCUGGAGAUUUACAAUCCUUUUGUUGGAGAUCCUGUGGCAAUCCGACCAGAACCGGCGAACCGAUUUUCGAACCUAAGGGAAGUCUUUGGAUUUGGGUUUCAUCCCAUUACCCGAGAAUCCAAAGUUGUCAGGAUUGUGUAUUAUGCAAAAAUCCUGAAGCUUGAAGGGAGAGCGAAAUGUCGCCUUACUGAAAAAGCAUUUCAGGUGUUCACUCUAGGAACCGGGGAAUGGAGAGACAAGGAAAAUAUACCAAAACGGCUUGGAUUGAGACCACCUGAGGCUUUAGUGGAAGGAUCUUUACAUUGGGUUGUAGUGGCUGAUGAGGGAUUUUACUACGCUAUCGUCUCCUUCCAGCUUGCAGAUGAGGUGUUUGAAGAAAUUCCUCAUCCACCUUGUCAGUCACUUGUAUCCAGCAGAUACAGUCUUUCUGUGUUGAAUGGGUGUCUCUCGGCAGCUGGCUUAGGUGAAACAGCGCAAUUUGAUAUUUGGGUAAUGAAACAAUACAAAGUGGAGGAUUCUUGGAAGAAAGAAUACUCCUUUGUCCCUAAUGUCCCUCUCGGUUUGACAAUGAAACGAGAUUCAUCAGCUUCAGGCUUCAUGAAUAGAGUUCCAAGAGUUGUUUGUGAUCUGAAGAAUGGUAAGAUUCUGUUGCAGUAUGGUGAGAGUACUCUUGUUUCUUAUGAUCCUAUAGGAAACAGAUUCAAGACUCUAGAGAUAAAUGGGCAACCUAGUUUCUUCCAAGCAUUUCCUUUUCUACCUUCUCUCUUCUCAGCAAAGGCAACCAUGGAUUUGCAAGUUUCGUCUUAACUGGCAGUAUCAUCAACUCUUGUUAUGUAAGACUUAGCUGGCUUAGGUGAAACAGGGCAGUUUGGUAUCUGGGUAAUGAAACAAUACAAUGUGGAGGAAUCAUGGGAAAAAGAAUACUCCUUUGCCCCUAAUGUUCUCAGAGUUGCAUGUGAUCUGAAGAACGGUGAGAUUAUGUUGGAGUAUAAUAAGAAUACUAUGGUUUC